AUGAAGGUCACCGCUGCGAUUGGGAGUUUUAUCUUUACCUUGUCAACCGCUGUCAAUGCGGCUGUAACUGGCAACUGCACACCAGGCAUGAAUUAUUGCCAAUCCGUCCUUGACGACGUUGGCGGUAAUAUGGAUGCAAUGCACGAUGCGAUCGUCCGAUGGGGUUCCCCUGAAGCGGCCCGCUAUCCAGGCGUUUGGGAUAUUUACCUGUUCCAUUGCAAUGCCGACAAGUCACUUUCUGUUAUCGAGGAAUGCCAUAUUGGCUGUUGGUACAGUGGGGCUGGAAAGAGUGACGUCUGUGAUGGCCCGUCUUCUGGGCCAUGGUAG